CUUCGCAGAACGCGCAAACACAGUGAUCAGUGGUCAAGACACUGAUGAGGUGCUAUAUUUAGAGUAGCUUCAUGUUUAUAGUAUAAAAAUAAAAGAUAUGUAAAAUAAACAAACAUCAUGAGCAAAAAGUGUAUGAGUUAUUAAAUAAUCAACAGUAAAUACAGUGAUUAAUUUUAUUGUGUCGUGUUUUCGUGUACAUACUUAACAUCUAUAGAGUAGUUUCUGUACAUAAUGACCGCAGUUGUCAUGGCGUCGGACGGAAGCUAUGAUCCAGUAAUUUCUAAGUUGAUUACAUCGCUCAAAGAAGCAGAAAGCUUGUCAGAUGAGAAGGAUCUUGGGUUCUUGCAAAAUUUGCUGCAGUCGAAGGAACUCAAUGCACUUGUUAACGUACAUAGCAAGGUGGCCAAAAUUAACAAGGAUGACAGAAUAGCACCGUUGCUCUCUGCGUCCGUGCAGAUUCUGAUGGAAGUACUGGAGCUGCUGGCUCCGAGAUGCCAUAUUUCUCCACUUUGCAAAGAGGUAUUCCAUCUACUUCAAACACCGCAUUUGCAGAGUAUUCUUUUCGCUCAUGAUGCGAUCGCGCAAAAAGAUUUCUAUCCACAUCUUCCGGAUAUCCCUGUGGAAGUUGACGAAGACGAAGAAACUAUCAAAAUCGUACAACUUGUGAAAAGUAAUGAACCUCUGUGUGCUGGAGCACAAAGUGCGGAACCAAUCGUUGGCGCUACUAUUAAAACAGACGAGGAGACGGGCAAAAUCAUUAUCGCAAGGAUCAUGCACGGUGGAGCGGCAGAUCGUUCGGGCCUUAUUCACGUUGGCGAUGAGGUGAUUGAAGUGAAUAACAUUAACGUCGAGGGUAAAACACCAAGCGAUGUUCUAUCAAUUCUGCAAAACUCGGAAGGUACGAUCACAUUCAAGCUUGUACCAUCGGAUGGUAAGCUGGACCAACGUGAAAGUAAAGUGCGGGUGAAGGCGUACUUUGACUACGAACCUGAAAACGAUCCCUACAUCCCUUGCAAAGAAGCUGGCCUAGGAUUCCAGCGCGGUGAUAUCCUGCAUAUUGUAUCUCAGGAUGAUUCCUACUGGUGGCAAGCGCGCAAGGAAGGUGAAAAGACAACACGCGCCGGAUUGAUACCAAGUCGAGCACUGCAGGAGCGUCGCAUCCUGCAUGAACGAACUCAAAAGGAACCGAACGGCGAUGCAAAAAAAGGUUCAUGUGCCUCCAUCUGCUCUACUCCACCCGGUUCACCAAAUCCAAACCAUCCUUGUGGUGGACCAAAGACUAAAAAGAUUAUGUAUGAUACAGCUGAGAACGAUGAUUUUGAUCGAGAAAUGAUCGCCACUUACGAGGAGGUAGCAAAGCUGUACCCGUGUCCCGGUGUCUUUCGACCCAUCGUCUUAAUCGGUGCACCCGGCGUGGGUCGAAACGAGCUGAAGCGUCGACUGGUGGCCCGAGAUCCAGAAAAAUACAAAAGUCCAGUUCCAUACACCACGCGGCCUAUGCGCCCCGGAGAGGUUGCCGGAAGGGAGUAUCUGUUCGUGACAAGGGAAAAAAUGGAAGCGGAUAUUGCGGCCAGCAAGUUUAUUGAACAUGGCGAGUACAAAGGACAUCUGUACGGUACGGCGGCCGAUAGUGUGAAAAGCAUCGUAAAUGCUAGCUGCGUCUGUGUCCUUGGACCGCACUAUCAAGCGCUGAAAUCAUUACGGACAGCUCAACUAAAGCCAUACAUUGUACAUAUUAGACCACCGGCGUUUGAGGAGUUGAAAAAAUCUCGUACGAAAGCUCGGGCACGCUCCACGUUCGAUGAAAACAAUUCACGAGGUUUUACGGACGAAGAAUUUAUGGAAAUGAUCAAAUCGGAUGAGCGCAUCAAUUUUCAUUACGGCCACUUCUGUGACGAGGAGAUCGUGAACGAUGAUCUUUCUGAGGCGUUCGAAAAGUUGGUAAAUUUUGCCAACAAAUGCGAAACCGAGCCCCUCUGGGCACCCGCCAGUUGGGUGCAGUAGGAAAGCGUUGGCUCACAUCGGUAUGAUUAAACUUAAAUUGUUGGAAAUUGUUCAUCCUGGUUCAUACCAGUUUUAUCUAAUUUAGUUUUGUUAAGUUCAUUGCUCGCAAAAUUUUGUUUUGUAUCUAAAGUUCAUUGUCCAUUUAACAGCAUUGAUUGAUCAUUAAUUUUGCCUUAUCAAGUUUGAAAUUAUAUCCAUUUUGUUAUCAGCAUUAUGAUUUUUGUUAUAAUAUUGUUUACACAUAAUAAACGAUUGAUUGUGAACACUUUGUGCAGACAUUAGUUUGAUUUUUUUUGUUUACCUUUGAUUUCGGCACGUUGAAAGGGCGAACAAUUUGAAAUAGGAUGUUAAAAUGUUAUUCUGAGGUGCUUUACUAUGGGAUAGUUGUACAAACGCCAAACAACAAAGUGUGGGGGAAAGAAACAGCACUAUCCUAUUAUUACUUGACGGAGGUUUAUAAAUUGGCUUAUUAAAAAGUAAUACUAUUUAACAAAAAAAAAACAAGACGUAAUGAUAAAAAGCCAGGAAUUGUGUUGUAUUGUGUGUGUGUGUGUGUGUGUGUGUGUGUGUGUGUGUGUGUGUGUGUGUGUG